AUGAGCAAGGCUCAUCCACCCGAGUUGAAAAAAUUUAUGGACAAGAAGUUAUUAUUGAAAUUAAAUGGUGGCAGGCAUGUCCAAGGGAUACUUUGGGGAUUUGAUCCCUUUAUGAAUCUUGUGAUAGAUGAAUGUGUGGAGUUGGCAACAAGUGGACAACAGAACAAUAUUGGAAUGGUGGUGAUAAGAGGCAAUAGUAUCAUCAUGUUAGAAGCCUUGGAGCGAGUAUGAUAGCUAUGUUCAACAGUCUAUCUACAUCAGUUGUUUCUA